AUGCGCGUGUCUCAUGUACUCCUUAGUCGGAAUGCGUAUUUCAAAUUCAUGGUAUGUCUAUUGAUACUCUCCUGUAUUCUUAUGCGAGGACAAAUCAAUGUCGGCACCAGUUUUAUCAGUGAUGAACUCUUAUGGAAGCGAGGUCCUGAUCCCAAUCAGUUCGAAGAGAGAAAUUCCAAUUACUCUUACAAUUUCUUAUUGCAUUGGAGCAAUUACGAAAUUCAAUUACCACAAAGUUUUCAUGGAUCAGAUAUGGAGCCGUUCACGGAUUAUGAUACUCUAUCGAUAUAUGAAGUUUGCAUGCAGAUGAUUCUAAUGUCCAAUCAGCUGCGACAUAUUCUUAUUCUCCCGAAGCGGGUUUUCGUCGUGGGUCACAGUAUGUACAAAGACAGCUUUAUCGAGAAGAACGAAGAAAUCCAAAGGAGGCUGAAUGUAACCAUUCGGCAGGUUGAAGCAGAUUUUCAAUCCAUCAAGGCAACGAUACAGACGACUAGAUGA